AUGCUACGGGGUCGUCGACGUGAUGCGAAAAUGCGAUUUUCUAUGCCCAUUAAGCUCUUGCCUAAUGGGCACAAAUCUCAUGAAGGCCCAUUUGGUCAAGUAAAGUCAAUUGAAGAGGCUCGAUCGUACGAGACUGUCGACUAUCGUCGUGAUGCCUCUGCCGACAGCCUGGCCUGUUGGGCUGUUGACUUGCUGCGCCAAGUAGACGCCCCCGAUUCAAUGGACACCAGCUUGAAGUCACACUUACAACCAACUUGUGUCCGUCUGCCCACUACAACCGGUACCACUUUGGCGGGCUUCUCCGACCACUGCCAGCGGGUGAAUAGUGUUUGUGACCAAGGAAAACGCCAGAGCUUCUUGAGGACGCCUCAUAGUGCUUAUACUCGUCUGGAUCUAACUCGGCUGUCAGAAGCCGAGAUGGUGCGUUUGAUCGAGCAGCUUGUCUACCUCGAACCGGGGACCUCAGGACACCCGACUGCAGCCCUGAAGUCCACCGACUCAGCUUCUAACGUAAGGGUGCUCCUUAAGGUGGAGCAGUGUAAUUCGGUUUUAGGUCUUCUACAAACUUACCCCCAGGCGAGUGAGCCGGGGGUUGCAGAAGAGUUGAAAAAUGGCUUGACUUAUGCACUGGCCAAGCGGCAAUCGGAUGCAUCUGAUGUAGAGUUGGAAAUUGGCGAAGGAAUUCUGAUGAGACUUCAGCAAAAGCAAUGCGCUCUUCACUCAUCUAAUUAUCCACCCAAUGCGGGUAGACCUCUCUCUGAUGUAUCCAAAGCAUCGGAGUCUGAGGCGAUAAGUCCUCCUAUUUCCCAACCCUCCUAUUUCCCACCUUUUACUGCCUCUCAUUUGGUUGCUGAGGCUGAAAAAGGCCUUCCUUCAAUCACGACAAAUAUAGCUACCAUCAGUACUUGCUCGCCACCAUUUGAUGCUGCAACUCCUCUUGUUUUGAAUGGCUCUUUAGCAGAGCUGAUCACUCCCUCGAAUUGGCAUGAAAAAACGACGGAUCUUCAUUCGCCGUCAGAAACGGCCAAAGUUAACCCCAUCUCUGGAGUCCAUGACCAGUUCUUCUAUCUUCGUGGGCUAAUGAGUCCGACAGGUCUGUGUCUAAACCAACUGGCUUUGGUGAUGCCGAGUUUGAAAGCCCUAUUGGGCGAUGAUGACGUGCAGCAGAACCGAAUUUUGAGGCUGCAAUUGACGAAUCUCGUGAAACGACUGCAGUCUGUACAGGAGGGCCGAAGCAGACGGGUCCGAGAUGCGGGCUUUCAAAUCUGCCGGACGCUUAAUGCAGAAGAGCCGGUUGUCCAACUGUCCAAGGCGGAUCGCCAGAUCCUGGCGACCGCUAUCUCUGCUUCUGACUUACCCUCCAUCCGGGCCCCGGAAGAGCUGAACGCGGAGGCUGCAACCUUGUCGAGGGACCGCCCUGCGGCCUCACCGACCGUGGUACAGCAGGUGGCCGAGAUCUCGCUCUCUCUGCAUCACGCUGCCCACAGCGGCUGCAUCAGUCAUGCCGAAUGCUCUCUCGUGGUGGACCAGCUUCGUGAGUUCAGCGCCGCUCAACUCUUUGGCGACUCUCCACGACAGGCCUUCUUUCUGACCGAUGAAAACCGUACUCGACUCGGCAUAGUGAGUCAGCUCUACUUCCGCGGAAGAGAGGCUCCUGCGGCUCGUCUGCUGGACCUACCGAUGCGACAGAUGAUGACCCACUUGGCCGGUCUCCUCGGCCUAGCCGCCAUGCAGGAAUCCCACUCCAACCUGGCCGAUCUUCUGCGUCGGCUGCACACAUCGCCGGUGCUGUCUGAGCCCGAUGGCUCUGGCCCUCGGUUGCUGCUAGAGGCCGAGACUCGCGACCGACUGGCCGACCUGUUACGGGUGGCAUUAGCCUGCCAGUCCUGCCCACCCGGCGGUCAAGACGUCGGCCAGUUGCAACGGCAUCUGGAGGCGGCGGCUUCAAUCGCCGAGAUUAUCGACAGACUCCAACUGGCCGGACAAGCUACGGAUCCGGAGGUCGGCAGCAAGGCUGUAAUGCUGGAUUUGGACGAAGCUCAUCUGGUACAGCAGCUCCUCCUGUUGGCCUACUCGCAGACUGGCGGCUCUGAACAUCAACUUACCACUGCCAUGCUUCCCGACCACUUUCAUGUAGACACUCCUUUCGCCUCGCUUGUUUGGCCGUUCGUUCGCAGCCAAACCGGCGGCUGGAUCACGACACGAGAGCCGAUCGACACGCUUGCCGGCUUCCGAGAACCCGUCACAUCGCUGCCGCCGACACUGCCACUUGAUCUGCCCCUCAGUCCCAUCGCCGAAGCCAUGACGCCCGAGUCGAGCGUCAACAGUCCAGAGCCUACCUCCUCCUGCGAUCUGGACACCACUCGGGCUUCUCUGCCUCAGGUUGCGACCACCCCAGAACCGGCCAUGAGUGAAGUUCCGAUGUCCAUCGACUCGACGAGCGUCUGUUCAGACGGACCUGGACUCAAAUCCGAGUCCGAUUACGUCAUUGAUAGGCCGGCAGAGAGCACAAUGCUCUCUGACCGCACCCUCGUCUUCGGCAAUACCACCAUUCCGUCAGGCCCGAGGCAGCCGGCCCUGGCCUCAAAGACCACUUUGAACAUGUUCCUCACUGGGAAAAGGAAUAUCACCAGUACAUGUCUACUUCCCAAGGUCGACAAUCAACGGCAGCCUUUGAGUUUCGAGGGAGUCAAGGGGGCCAUUGCUCAGGGGAUCCGCCAAAAGAUGAGCAAUUUCUUUGCAAACGAAAAAGACCAAAUAGAAACUGCAUUGGUGUUUCAUGCUUCAGACGCUGCAAGUCCUACCAGUUCACCUAAGCCUCAGUUUGUCGGUCCAAAUUGCAAAGUAGACGCUGAUGUUUGCUCAGAUGGAAACAUGUCCUGUUUGAUUCGGGUCGGCUCCUUGGCUGAAAAAUCAGAAGCCACCAGCAAAUCGACUAGAGCUUAUGCACCUCCUCAGCAGUCUAGUGAUUCGGAGUCUAAUUCCUCAUCUCAACCCUGUCAGAUUGACUCAACUCUUUCAAUCGGUAAGGCAGCAUCGCCUCCAGUAUCUGGCAUGAAGCUUCAUUUCAGACCAUUUUCCAGAAAACUGAACGAUCCUCAAUCGAGGAAU